AUGUUCAGACUAAUACCGCUUCAGCCUGUAAUAAGGCGUGCGACUCCUGUAUAUGCCACCUCCAUCCUCAGAGCUACAUCCAUACGUACCAUUGUACACUCCAAAGAAACCAAGACCCAACUUCAACGAGAAAAAGACAAACAAAAGAAGCGUAAAUUAAGACAGGAGUUGAAGUUCAAGUCGUUGGAAAAUCCUAUUGACCACCCUUUGCAUAUGCCAAUUUCGGAAGCCCUCAAUACCAUUAGAUCAUUUGAAGUGGGUAAACCAGCUGACAAAACCACAAUCACGUGUAAUUUGUAUGUACGUCAAGAACAAGGUGCUGCUCCCCUCAGUGGCACUGUUGAUAUACCAUUCCCCGUUAAUAGGAAAACGAAACCACUUGUAUUCACAACGCACCACUCCAUAAUCGAAGAAUUACUGUCGUUGGUUGAUCCUCAGUUCUUGGGCGGUAAAGAAUUGAUUGAUAAAUUUAUUAAUCAGGAAUUAUUGCCUAGUGAUUUCACUCACGUAUUUGCCACAGGUGAAAUGGAAAGUCAGUUGAAAUCAGUGGCUAGGAUAUUAGGUCCCGCCGGGUUACAACCUACAAAGAAAAAGGGAACCGUUACUGACGAUCCUCAAGUGAUUGCCAAUAUUUUAAGAUCAUAUCAAGUUAAGCAAAAAGAUUCUCACAUCAGUUUCACAGUGGGUAAUGCUACUUUUAGCGACUUCCAAAUCAUGUCCAAUUUAAAAGCAGUCAGUGAUGUUAUUUUCUCACAAAUUGACCCUAAUGCUUCGAAAAAGACAAGGUUGGGUUACUGUUUUAUUACCUCAGCCAACAGCCCUGGAUUAGUAAUUGACUUCAAACAAGAGUAA